AUGAAUCGACAUCAAGUAGUCGGCCCGGGCAUAUCGACCGUGGCGGCGAGACUGCUCAAGUUCAGCCCGACGGCGUGGUUGAAGUCGUGGCUUCUGUACCUUGGAAUUCAAACACACGUCGGACCGGCGCAGCAGCCUGAAAUGAAGCCGCUGCACAACAUCUGCGAGUACCUUCACGCUCUACACAUCUACACGGACGAGGCCAGACGUGGGGAGGUCAGAACGGUCAGCGCCCAUCAUUUCUGCUCCCACGUCAGGAAAGAUCUCCGUCAGUGCUUGAUAUACGAUUCGUGCAAGCCAGACGCACGCCUGAUUGGCGUCGAAUACAUGAUUCCAAAGGAGAAGUACGAACAGCUCGACCCCGAGGAGCAAAAGUAUUGGCACUCUCACGAAUUCGAGGUCAAGUCAGGCAUGCUUGUACUUCCGUACCCAGACUCACACCGGCACCGCAAGGAUGCUUGGGACGAGCUGGAGACGGAGGCCAUGGAGCAGGUCGUCGGCUUGUAUGGCAAACUCUACCAUUUCUGGGAAGUGGACAAGGGCCACGAGCUCCCGCUGGGCCCGCCAAAAUUGAUGGGCUCCCUCACCGGAUUCGAGCAACUGGACGUGGAUGAAGCGAUGGCGCCGAGAAACAAGCAAGAAGGGAUCGAUCAAGAGCAGAAACGACGGUUGAGAGAACCUAUACCGCUGCCGGGCAUCCCUCCCAAUGCCGACAACUGGUGGCAGGAAGCACAGCGGGAGCGCAGGGGAAUUUAUGCGUGA